UUUUCUAUAGUAUGGUCGAGUAGCAAGUCAGGUGAAUCUCUAUAAAUUUUGAUGAACAUCAGUGUCAACAACAAUAUUAAUACAAUCUAUCUAAUUUUUUAUUGUAUUUAUCGAAGUUCCCAUCAAAGAAAAAUAAAAUCUCGUUUUAUAUGUUACAAAAAUAAGAUAUAAUCUGCAUUUACUGGCUGAAAUAAGCUUUUUCCAAUAGAGAACAAAAGUCAGUAAUACAAAUAAAUAUUUAAUAUGCGCUUUCUAUUAUUGUUACUAGUUGUAUUACAUAUCGCAAGCUUUAGCAUAGCAUGGCGCAAUUUCAUGAGAGGCCGAGGUAGAAAUGGUAAUUUAGGAGAGCCAAUUUUGUCAUCUGAAGAUUAUAAUCCUCCUGAAGAACAGUGGUUUGCACAGCUGUUAGAUCACUUUAAUCCAACAGAUAUCCGUAUGUGGAUGCAGAGAUACUUUAUUAAUUCAGAUUAUUACAAACUCAAUGGCCCUAUAUUCUUGAUGAUCGGAGCUGAAGGUGAAGUAAAGCCUAAGUGGCUGGUAGAAGGUCUAUGGAUUGAUUAUGCCAAGGAAUUUGGUGCGAUGUGUUUUCACUUGGAGCAUCGUUUCUAUGGAAAAAGCCACCCUACUGUGGAUCUCAAUGUAAAGAAUUUGGUGUAUCUAAAUUCGGAACAAGCUCUAGCGGACUUGGCGUACUUCAUUCACGCCGUUAAUAUCGCAUACAAGUUUCCAAAUGAUACAAAAUGGGUCGUAUUUGGGGGAUCAUACGGUGGUUCUCUGGCUGCUUGGAUGCGAGCUAAGUAUCCUCACUUGGUGCACGGUGCGGUAUCUGCGAGUGGGCCAUUGUUGGCACAGAUCGAUUUCCAAGAGUACUAUGUUGUUGUGGAGGAUGCUCUGAGGCAACAUUCUCAACAGUGUGUCGACGCGAUAGCAGAUGCCAACGUGGAAUUCCACGCGAUGCUGCGUCAUCUUGUCGGUCAAAAAAAAUUAGCUGAAAAGUUCAGAUUAUGCGACCCGAUUGAUCCUGGACAUACCAAGAAGACCGACAUUUCCAAUCUGUACGAAUCAUUAGCGGGCAAUUUUGCUAGCGUUGUACAGUACAACAAGGACAAUCGGCAAGAUUCUAAAACCGUUAACAUCACCGUCGAUAUCGUAUGCGACGUAUUGGCAGACGAUAAAUUAGGGAGAUCGGUCGACAGGCUCGCUUACGUCAACAGCAUGAUAUUAAAUGCUACCAAGGAGAAGUGUUUGGAUUAUAGAUACAUCAAUAUGAUUCAUGCACUUCGAAACGUCACUUGGGCGAGUGAACAAGCGGAAGGAGGACGUCAGUGGAUGUAUCAGACUUGCACAGAGUUCGGAUUCUUCCAGACCUCAACCGCACGGCCGAAAUUGUUCAGCGACACCUUCCCGGCGGACUUCUUUGUAGAGCAGUGCGUCGAUAUCUUUGGACCCAAAUAUAACUUAGAUUUGUUAAAUUCCGCUAUUACUCGCACAAAUCUUCUGUACGGUGCGUUGAAUCUAUAAGCGACAAACGUAGUAUACGUGCAUGGUUCCGUGGAUCCUUGGCAUGUGCUGGGUAUCACGCAGUCUUCCAACCCGCAAGCAUCGGCCAUCUAUAUCAACGGCACGGCACAUUGCGCGAUUCUGUACCCACCGUCGGAAAAGGAUCCGCCACAGCUGAAGCAGGCUAGAAUACAAAUAAAGAACCUGAUCAAACAAUGGCUGGACAAUUGAGCCUUCUCUCUCUUUCAGUACGAUAUUAUAUACGUAGCAAGGAUGAAGAAAAAUAAUAACAAGAAUGUUUAUACUAUUAAGAGAAGAGUACGAACUCUUACGAAUGAAAUUCAUAAUAUUAAGUUAUUAAUAUUCUGUGAAUAUCUUGGCUGUAAUUUGGCGAAAACUGCAUUUUGGAUUUGUUUAUUUUUUUCCUUUGUUAUUGCGCAGGAUAAAUGAGGAUUAAUAUAUACGUUUAUAUAAAUAUGUUUAUUUUCUAAAUCUUUAUAUAUAAUGUGAAAAUUAAGUCUAACGAUAUAUAUAUAUAUAUAUAUAUGCAACGGUCUACUUACGAAUACGUUAACAUCCAUAAUAUCAUGUACCAUGUUUGAAUGACAAAACCGCUCGUUCGACUUGGAUCAAACGAGUUUGCCCCAAAUGGCACUAUCAUAAUUUAUACCGCGAUAAAUAGAGUUAGACAAAGAAAUGCAUGUACAAAGUUAUCCCGCGUAAAGUUAUCUCAGUCAAUAAAUAAACGUUAACGUUGUUGUGA